GACAACGUAGCUAUGAAAUGCUUACUGCAAUCACUACUCCAACAUUUGUUGUAAUAUUAUCAAUCAUGGCAAAAUAUUCUGCGAAAUUUGAAACUGUAUCAACACUUCUUCAAGCGGUAGAUGUUGACCUGCAAGAAGCUACAAAACAUAUUCAAGACCUUUUAUCAAUGUUAGAAAUAGACCGUAAUAAUUGUGAGAAUCGGUUCAAUACAAUAUUUAAUGAAGUAAAAUUAGUUGCUUCUAAAAUAGAUUUGGAGUUUAAAGUAUUAAACAAGUACAUCGUGAAAACUAUCCAACUAAUGAUGUUGAGAUAUAUUUUAGACAAUCAUUAUUUAUACCAUACUUGGAAUCAAUUAUAAUGUCUCUAAAAGAUAGAUUUUCAGAUGAAAAAUUAAAAAUAUUUACAUUAUACAACCUACACCCAAAAAAAAUGAAACUAAUGAGCGACCAAAAAUUCAUAGAAAGUAUUGAAGUUAUUUGUACACUUUAUGGUUCACUUCUAGACAAUUUUAAAGAACAAGCAUUGUCAUGGUAUGAUCUAUGGAAAAAUAAAGAAGUCGAACCCACCAUGAAAUUAAUUGAUAUUCUCGAUUACGCCACAUAUUACCCAGCGGUAUGCCAAGCUAUACAAAUUGCAAUUACUUUACCUGUAACUUCCUGCUCAGUAGAACGAUCGUUUAGCACUUUACGCCGUUUAAAGACUUGGAUUAGAAAUAGGAUGGGAAACGAAAGACUGAGUAGCUUGGGGUUGAUUAAUAUACACCGCCAAAGGUAUGAUCAUAAACAAUUUUUGAAUCAACAAAUUGAUGAUUCAAUUAAUUUGUUUGCUUCAAACAAAAGGAGAUUGUCAUUACUUUUUGAAUAAUAAUAAUAUGAUGAUAAUAUGAUAUAAAUUAAAUUAAAUAAAGUGGUUUUUUGUUUAAAAUGUAUUAAGUAUGUUCUUUCUUAUAAA